AUGCUUGUCUAUGAGAUUCCCAUAGUGGAGAGAGUUCUGAUACAUUUUUCAAAUAGCAACUGUUAAAAAAAAAACUGCCUUAAAAAUCAUCUGGGAAUUUAAGGUUCCUCAGAAAACAUUUAUUCUGAUUUUGAAAUUAGGUAUGUUUGUCAGUGUAAACAUUUUAACUUUCUCUGGUGAUACGUGAGGUUAUUUCCAUUUUUAAUUGUUUUAUUUUAUUCUUUAGGAAUAUCGAUCUGGCAAAGUUUCAGCAUGAGAAACAAUCUCCAAAUAAAAUCUGGGUAAGAAGAAAAGACAUUGCCAUCCUCCAGCAGCAAAAUCUCCAUUUCAACUACAUGGGUCAUUUGAUGCCAUAGGAAUGGCAACACAUAUCUUCAUAGACAAAGAGAAUGGAGAAGCUGGCACUGCUGCUGCUACUAAGGACCGACUAAAACUGCUAUUGGCACCUUCGAAAAGUUUGGUUGAAAGACCUCAUCCUAAAACCCCUCUUGUUGGAAGGACAGCUAAUGUGAAUCUAACAGAAUCUCAAUCAGUCAGGAAGGCUCUGGGAAGUUUGAACAGGCCUCUGGCAACAACGAAGAGUCAGUUCCCUAAAGGGAAAAAGUUGUUGUCAAAAAAGGCAAAUGAAAAUACAAGCAGAGCUGAAGACAACAGCAUGGUUCCUGAAGACUGCCCAGAGAAGGAGAAUCUUUUUUCUUAUAAUCCUCUAGAUUUUGAGAGUUUUGAGGUUCCUGAGGAGCACCGUCUGAGCCACAUGUCACUGACUGGAGUCCCUCUUAUGACAUUUGAAAGUGUGCCUGACAGAUUUGCAAGCACUAUCCCUCCACCUAUAAAACAACCUUCAAUUUCAUGGGACUAUGACUGUCUGCAAUCAACUAAGGACUUUCUGGCCACCCUGGAUGAAAUAAUAAUUGAUCUUCCCCCUCCCUUAUAACAAGUAAACAAGUUAUAUUUUAAAGGUGAAUUCUGAACACGUAAUGUCAUA